AUAUUACGCGCUAUGUGGAUAAUUAAUCAAGCCAGGGCGCCGUCGAUUCGAAGUUCCGCGCUUGAAAUCCACGAGCGAUGGCGGUGACGGGAUAUGAAAAAGUUUCAGUUAAACUUUGCGCUCUGGAAGUGAAAACGAAGAGUAUCUCAAGGACGCGCUUCGGCCCUGAGUCACCCUUCUGUCCGAGAGCGCGUCGAGUGGAACGGGGGAACCAGACCACGGAGAAGACAGAUAGAAUGGAAGAGACGAUGUACGCGUUCGGUAGGAAGAGGCAGGAAAAAGAGUGAGAAGAUCACCGGAUUUUUUCGGGGGAGGAGACAUUGGAGGUUGCGGGGAAGCGAAAUGCGAACGAAGCAAGAGGCACACACACACCACCACCAGCACCCGAGGGGGUCGCGCAUGCGUUCGCCCGCCACUCGCCGACGAGGAUGUUCGACGUUUUUCUCAGUCACCGGUCGACGCUGCGCUGGACACCAGCGUCGUGCACGAUAGUGCGCGUACGUACCGUUCAAGAAGGUUCAUGACGUUCCAACUGCCCGCUUGCCGAUAGUAGCCGCGUGACCGACGUCGCGGUCGAUACGACUGCUUACCUCCGGUAAAAGUAGUGCCACGACUCAGGCAAGUGUGAGCGGAGGAAUCGCACUCGGUGAGAGACGGCUCGUCCUUGCUUCGACGAUUACCCGCUUUCCUCUUUCCUUCUCUUCCAUUCCUGGAUUUGGUCGUUCCACGGAGAACCCUGGAUUUGCUCGUCCCGCAAAGAAACCCUUCCCCUUCUCUCUCUCUCUCUCUCUCUCUCCCUCUUUCUUUCCAUGUGUUUCCCUCGUGAGGCGGAGGAUCCCUGGAAAGCACAUCCUAUCCAGAAUUAGUAUUUCCCUCCGGAAGCAGUUCGAUACGCCUGAGGCUGCUCAGGUGAGGGAAGUGCAGGUGAGAGGAGCAACACAUAUCGGUGGCACAAGGGUGUCUAAAGAGGCUCACGACAAGGAUACUUCUCUUCUUCAGCAUAAGAUGCGAUCGGCGUGGAGCGUACGCUCGUUCGGCCGACGUUGCAGGUCUGGAACGCGCGGCCUGGAGCACCGGGCUUGCUGAAGUCCGCGGAGGACAGGGAGUCUUUCGACGAUGCUGCGCUCCUCACACAAACCAUCCUCACUCGGCUUCACCGUUGCGAGUAGUAACGUCCGGGAGUGAUCGCGAACGUAGCUGGCGAGGAGCGUACAUCGGGACUCUUAUCGGUGCGAUGACAAUCAUUUCCCGCGCGCUAUCGUCGUCGUCAUCGAGCCUUACGCAGCCGCGGGAAUAGCCGAGAGAGAAGACCGUUGUUGAGCGAGGGGGUCUCCGCAGAAGAGAAGAAGAGGUAGGCUACGAGGAGAGAGAGCGUUGAGAAUGUCGCUACAUUAUCCGCAAGGAUAUCGGUAUCGUUCCGCAUCGAAAGCGGGCGGUACCGGAGGAGAGCAGAGCUCUGACAGCGACGUGGCGGAACUCAGUGACCUCGAGGACGAUGAGGACGAGGACGAAGGACCCGGUGAAGCCGUGGACAGGCAAGCGGUCGUGGAGGAGGACGACGAGGACGACGAAGACGACGACGAGGAUGAGGAGGAAGAGGAGGAGGGCGAGGGGUUGCCUUAUCCAGGUUUCGUUCCGAUCGCGCUAAGGUAUCUCGAGCAGACUACACGGCCGCGCAACUGGUGUCUCGCGCUGAUCACUAAUCCGUGGUUCGAGAGAGUGAGCAUGAUGGUGAUACUUCUGAACUGCAUCACGCUCGGGAUGUACCAGCCGUGCGUGGAUGAUAAAUGUGUAACGAAUCGGUGUAAGAUACUGCAGAUGUUCGAUGAUAUCAUUUUUGCCUUCUUCUCCCUGGAGAUGACUAUCAAGAUGGUGGCGAUGGGGAUUUACGGUAAAGGAACCUAUCUCGCAGACUCCUGGAAUAGAUUAGACCUCUUUAUAGUGCUAGCUGGUGCUUUCGAAUACUGCCUAAACGUGGAAAAUAUGAAUCUGUCAGCCAUACGGACGAUAAGGGUUUUAAGGCCGUUACGAGCGAUCAAUCGAAUACCAAGUAUGAGGAUAUUGGUGAUGUUGUUACUGGACACUCUUCCUAUGCUGGGCAAUGUCCUGUUACUGUGCUUCUUCGUCUUCUUCAUCUUCGGCAUCGUCGGUGUGCAGCUCUGGGAAGGCAUACUGCGCCAACGUUGCUUCCUAAAGGCGUUGCCUAACGUGAAGUAUCCCGACGAUCUGGAGAAAUAUUUCGAGUAUCAGGGUCAGGAUUACAUUUGCUCGCGUCCCGACGACAGCGGGAUGCACUCCUGCAGUAAUCUACCGCCGCUCAAAUUCGGAAACUUGGUGUGCAACAGCACUGCUCUGCCGAACAAUAACGUCACGUUCGUCAACAAUUACACCUGCGUUAAUUGGAACUAUUACUACACCGAGUGCAAGGGACAGGGCAACAAUCCAUUUCAAGGGACUAUUUCGUUUGAUAACAUCGGUCUCGCCUGGGUCGCCAUAUUUCUAGUAAUCAGUCUGGAAGGAUGGACGGACAUAAUGUAUUACGUGCAGGACGCCCAUUCAUUCUGGGACUGGAUAUAUUUCGUCCUCCUGAUAGUUAUUGGCUCGUUCUUCAUGAUCAACCUCUGCUUGGUCGUGAUCGCGACACAGUUUUCGGAAACGAAGAAGAGGGAGAUGGAAAGGAUGCGGCAGGAGCGCGCGCGUUAUCAUUCGACCUCGACGUUGGCGUCAUCGACAAACACCUCAGAGCCCACCACUUGUUACGCCGAAAUCGUCAAAUACAUCGCUCACCUCUGGCGACGAAGUAAACGAAGACUGAUGAAAAGAUAUCGUCUGUACCUGUACAAGAGGCAGCAGAGACGGGAGCAAAAUUUGCUGAAAGAACAAAGUCAAACGUUCCGCUCGAAUGUCGCGAGAGGAUCGAAUCGAGCGGCAGGUGAUGGGAAACUACAUCACGGAAGGUGUCCGCGACUCCUCGCCGCGUUGGAAUAUGCAGGGCAGCAACAGCAACAGCAGCAAUUGCAGGUUGCCACUAAUGGUAAUGGGGGAUCGAUGGGCGUCGAUUCUCCUACGAUUGCGUCUCCGUUACAAGCGGUCACCACGACCGCUCCUACGAGUAUCGGCAACAGCAGCAACUUGGGCAUCGCGCCCCGUGCCAGUCCUGAGAUUUCCGAGGCCGAAACAUCAGCGAACGUGUGCCACAGAUUGAGCGUGCAUCGCGCUUCCUCAGUUUCUUGCAACGGCAACGAUGUCAUGGGAAAUCCAGCCGAGACGAACAGCACGUUGUUGAGUCCGCCAUGUACGCAUUAUCGGAGAAGAAGCAGCGUAAUGUUUAGCGACGUGGUACUGCUCCAUGGCAGCAAUAAUGUCGGGAAUGCGUUGCCGUUGCAGCCGGGGACGACGGUGACGCCGGGCGAACGUAAUGUCUGUUCGAGCGAGAAGAUGACGCAGACGGGCGAUGGUAACGUUUGGUCCAGUCCGUUGUCGGACCACGUACAGAUGCAAGCUGAGCUGGGUGGCAAUGAGGCUAUGACAUGUCAGGAAUUGCUGGCUCUCAGCGGUGCCCUCAGUGCUGCCCUACCGACAGGCCAGUUAGCGCUCGACUCGUUCUUGAACUCGCUUACGAAAGGUAUCACAGAUCGUCGCAUAACGUUAGAGGAUCGCACUCAGUGGCUCGCAUCCGACCUUGACAAUUGUUCCUGUUGCUGUGAGCAACAAAGCGGCGAUCAGUGGCCGGAGGACACGGAGAAAUGGAGGAAGUUGUCGCGCACGCGGAGAUUCCUGCGGGCCAUCGGCAAUUUCUGCGUCUGCACGUUGCGUUGCGUGAGACGGUGGAUCAAGAAGCUCGUGGAACACAAAUAUUUUCAGCAGGGUAUCCUCCUGGCGAUUCUCAUCAACACUUUGAGCAUGGGAAUCGAGUAUCAUAAUCAGCCGGAACAACUGACGGUCGCUGUCGAAAUAAGCAACAUCGUAUUCUCAGCGAUCUUUGCAGUAGAGAUGUUGCUAAAGAUAAUAGCAGAAGGCCCGUUUGGUUACAUCAGCAACGGCUUCAACGUCUUCGACGGUGUCGUCGUUGUUUUAAGUGUCGUUGAGCUCUGCCAGGCAUUCGUGGAGGAGCGUGGCGGCAGUUCCGGCUUGAGCGUCUUGCGCACCUUCCGCCUACUUAGGAUCCUGAAGCUAGUGCGAUUCCUGCCGAAUCUACGGCGACAGCUGUUCGUGAUGCUACGCACCAUGGAUAACGUUGCCGUAUUCUUUUCUCUUUUAGUACUUUUCAUCUUUAUAUUCAGUAUUCUCGGGAUGAACCUGUUUGGUUGCAAAUUCUGUGAAACGAUGAAAGGCACCUCUGACGUCGAGUGUGAUAGGAAAAACUUUGACUCGUUACUCUGGGCUAUUGUGACGGUGUUUCAGAUCCUCACGCAGGAAGACUGGAACGUUGUCCUCUUCAACGGUAUGCAGAAAACUUCGCAUUGGGCCGCGCUUUACUUCGUAGCGUUGAUGACCUUCGGCAACUACGUUCUUUUCAAUCUUCUGGUCGCUAUUCUCGUCGAAGGCUUUUCGUCGGAGAGAAACGAGAGAAGAGAACGAGAACAGAGGGAAAUGGAGAAGAAGCUCGCUGCGAAGGAGGCCGGGAUGGGUAGCGAGGAUGGAUCGUCGAAGAUGUCAAGGUCACAUUCAAUCUCCGACAGCGACACGUACACCCAGGAUCGAAAGAAUUCGUGGCAGAGCGCGGAGGAGCUGAGGAAGUACAAGGACAAUCGGGAGAAGCAGAACAGCGUGUGGAAGCAACCGAUCGACGAGCCAAAGUGUAACAUCCAGAAGGAGAGCAAAAUGAUGGGCGUGGUAGGGCAGCCGCCGAUAAUCACUCACACAGCGGCCACCCCUCAAGACUCCCCGAACACCACGUUGGAUGUCGGCUACAGAGAUCUCAAUUGCCGUGCGGUUUAUCCCACCGCUGCCCUUUCGAUCGAGUCCAUCGAUCGAUCUGGUAGUCAGUGUAGCAUACCCUCAGGGUUGUUGAAGCUACCCGAUGUAUCCAAUAAAAUACCGACGAAUAAUUUACUAGUCGGCCAAUUUCCGAGACGGAUAAGCCUCGUCACAGCUGUAGUUAGUCCCCAGACUAGAGACUCGAGCUCCAGCCCACCAAGAAUACAGAGAGGAUACUCGUGGCGUUUGUCACGGCCGUCCCUGAAGAGGAAACGAUGGUCGCAGGGUGAAGAUGAGAACACCAGUCCUACCACUAUACUUAAUAACGGGCGCAGCACUCUCGUCGGGUCUAACCCAACUUUUAACGGCGGUUACUUGCACGGUUCUAUAAGAAACGACACGCAACGCGAUGCGCCCAACAAUCGAACUACCGUCCUGACAAGCAAUAAUCGUAGUCUGAGUCCUAAUAAUUCGCUCGAAAGUCACGGCCAGUCGAUUCAUCGUUACACAGUCACGCCUAAUCAGAUGCGAUGGAUCGGCGAGUUUUCUCGGAGGAACUCGCUGCGCGGAUACGAGAACGUUCAUGAGACGUCUGUGAAGAAGACGCUGCCGCUGGACGAGAUGCUCGCACCGUCCUCGACUCCCCGUACGAUCAACAAUCUUUCGAUGGAGGCUGCCCCACUGCCGAAAAUCAAGAGACUUCCCGAGCAGGAAGAGGAACACCCGAGGACGGGCGAGCAGACACCGCCGUCGAACGGCCACGGGAGCGCGAGCAGCAUCGAGAGGAUCAAGAAGAUAUUUAUGUUCUUCGAACCUAAGGGCUGCCUAAAGGAGCGUGACGAUUAUUCCUUAUAUCUGUUCCCACCUAACAAUAGGUUUCGUAUUUUGUGUCGAUGGUUCGUCGACCAAAAGUGGUUCGACAAUGUGGUCCUGUUGUUCAUUGGAUUGAAUUGCAUCACUCUGGCGAUGGAACGGCCAAAUAUACCGCCGGACAGCCGCGAGAGACUUUUCUUAUCUACCGCAAAUUACAUUUUCACCGCCGUUUUCGCCAUUGAGAUGUUUAUCAAGGUUGUCGCGUCAGGUAUGUUGUACGGUUCGGAUGCGUAUUUUACCUCCGGCUGGAAUAUCAUGGACGGAUCUCUCGUUAUCAUUUCCAUAAUUGACUUGUCGAUGUCAUUACUCUCGUCCAGUAGCCCGAGAAUAUUUGGAAUAUUGAGGGUUUUUCGGCUUCUGAGGUCGUUGAGACCCCUGCGAGUCAUCAAUCGCGCGCCGGGUUUAAAACUGGUCGUUCAGACUUUGUUAUCUUCAUUGCGGCCCAUCGGCAACAUCGUCUUGAUCUGUUGCACGUUCUUCGUGAUUUUUGGUAUCCUCGGAGUGCAACUCUUUAAGGGUGCUUUCUAUUAUUGCGAAGGCCCCGACAUCAAGAAUGUACGUAAUAAGACGGACUGUCUAGCCGACGAGCGAAACUUGUGGCUGAAUAGAAAGUACAAUUUCGACGAUCUCGGUAAAGCCCUCAUGUCACUGUUCGUCUUGUCAUCGCGAGACGGCUGGGUGAACAUCAUGUAUACCGGCUUGGACGCGGUUGGAGUCGAUCAGCAGCCUGUCGAAAAUUACUCCGAGUGGCGAUUGUUGUAUUUCAUCGCGUUCAUACUGCUGGUGGGUUUCUUCGUGUUGAAUAUGUUCGUCGGCGUGGUGGUGGAGAAUUUUCACAGGUGCCGCGAAGAGCAGGAGAAGGAGGAACGUGUGCGCAGAGCGGCGAAACGAGCGUUGCAGAUGGAGAAAAAGAGACGAAAGAUGCACGAGCCGCCGUAUUACACCAGCUAUUCCAAGUCGCGAUUGUUCGUACACAACGUCGUGACGUCCAAGUAUUUCGACUUGGCGAUCGCGGCCGUGAUCGGUCUCAACGUCGUCACGAUGGCGAUGGAGUUUUAUAUGAUGCCGAAGGCGCUCACGUAUGCGCUCAAGAUAUUCAACUACUUCUUCACCGCCGUCUUUAUCCUCGAGUCGUUCAUGAAGCUCGUCGCUCUCGGCCUGCAGCUUUAUCUGAAGGACAAAUGGAAUCAAUUAGAUGUGGGAAUAGUGAUACUGUCGGUGGUCGGUAUUGUGUUGGAAGAAGUCGAGUCCAAGAUCAUCCCCAUUAAUCCAACGAUAAUUCGAGUAAUGAGAGUGCUACGGAUAGCCCGAGUGCUGAAGCUUUUGAAAAUGGCGAAGGGUAUACGUGCUCUUUUGGAUACGGUAAUGCAGGCAUUGCCGCAGGUUGGCAACCUGGGACUAUUGUUUUUCUUGCUCUUCUUCAUUUUUGCCGCGUUAGGGGUGGAACUUUUCGGUCGACUAGAAUGCAGCGAUGACAUGCCUUGCCAAGGUCUUGGCGAGCACGCGCAUUUUAGUAACUUUGGCAUGGCCUUCUUGACGCUUUUCCGGGUCGCCACUGGCGACAACUGGAAUGGAAUCAUGAAGGACACGCUAAGGGACGAUUGCGAUGACGCUGCAGACUGCGUGAAAAAUUGUUGCGUGAGCACCAUCAUCGCUCCGAUAUUUUUCGUCAUUUUUGUUCUGAUGGCGCAAUUUGUGCUGGUGAACGUCGUUGUUGCUGUGCUAAUGAAACACCUGGAGGAAAGUCACAAACAGAUGGAAGAUGAGCUUGAUAUGGAGACGCAGUUGGAGAGGGAAUUGGCCGCUGAACAGGAAGAGCUUUUGGAAGUGGAGGAGGAAGAUGAGGAUGAUAUAGGGAUGAAUGGUAGAUUGGACGGUGAGGAUGAAGAUGACGAAGACAGAGAGCGCGAGUCUAUGGUAGGAAACGAGAAAAUAUGCGCCGCGAGACCAGGACUAGCCAAAGUUCGUUCCUUACCUGCGAACUUUAUUUAUAAUCCACCGAGAGAAAGGAAUAUCGAUGACGCCUCGAUUUCCAUGUCCUUGGACGAGAAACGUCGCAAUUCGUAUUACCGUUCGAAUUCAAGACCGUCCAAGUUUAAAUCGAAACGCCGACAAACCUUCCAUUCGGGUCAUCACCAACGAAGGUCAUUACUACCGAUGCACUUUGAGGUCUCCGAGGUAUUCGAAAAGCCGGUCAGCAAUUUAACCGUACCUCGAAUAAUUCCGCAUCGCCAUUACGCCGCCGCUAAUCAGACCAUCGAUUACGUGCAACGUCAAAAGCCGCAGACAACCAGCGAGACACAGGAGAACAAGUCUCUGUUGAGUGUAAGCAGGCCGGCGGCCGGUUCGAUCACGCCCGCCGGCUCGAGCAGCAACCUCAACAUACCGCCCAAGUUGAACAGCGACCGUUUCCUCAUGCCGACCGCCGACAUCUACCCGUCCAAAGCGAUGAUGACUCGCCGGACGUCCAGCGACAUGCAAUCGGACACGAGCGCAGCGGCCGACACACGGACGUUCAGCAUUGCGAACGGUUACGUUGGCGGCAAGCUUCGCUUGGAAGAUCAGCAACAAAAACCGAAGGAGGAGAAACGCGCGGCGCCGAUGGUGACCAUGGACGACCUCGACGUGCAGUCGAUCAUAAACGAGAGAAGACCGACGAAAUUAAGGACGCACGACGCGGUGACGUCCGCCGCCACCAGUUCCAGCGAUCAGUACAGCGCGGCCAUUCGCGGCGAAGGCUACGGGCACAUCUACGCCGCCGACGACCUGUCGCCGUGCGGCAACGAGAGCGGCAGCAUCGCGGGCAGUUUGAGCGCGGCGGGCAGCAUCAGCCGAAGCAGCGGUGUACUCGCCGGGGUGCACAUCGGCGAAGGCGGCGCCAUCGGCUCCGACGUGAGGAUAUAUGUAGACGACACGGACUCGGCGAGCAGCAACGGCCAUCGUCGCCCGCUGCGCAGCGAUGACACCUUGGACGCACCUUCGACCACCGUCUCCUCCAGCACGACGAUGAAAAACGGCGGCACCGACGGCGACGAUGGCAGCGAUAACGGCAGCAGUGAUAGUGCUUGCACAGAGAACGACAGGGAGAUCUCAGCCAAGAGACCGUCCUCUGUCGGCAGAUCUCCAGAUUCCUCUUAAAGAAUCCAAAGCAAACGAGCCGAAGUUUCAUUGUACACCCCUAGUGUUUGCCUCAGAUGACUUCAAAUCUUCAUCCGGAUGAAGAUGGGAUGAAAGUUCGAAAGAUUCAUCUUAUGAGGAUGAUUUUGUUUUUAAUUUGUCCAGAUGAAAGUUAAGAUAUAUGGCUCUAUUUAUCCGAAUAAUUUUCUAGAUGAUAUUGUUUUUGCAUGAGAGACUUUAUAGAAAUUUAUAAUGAAAAUUACGUCGAUCAUAAAAUUGCAUACGGUUAAGCAAUUCGUCAACGUAAUCACACUAAAUUUAAAGAUCUAGCGAGAAAGACCAAUAAUCAUUGACUAUACUCACUAAUCGCUGAGUUUUCUGAACGCAUUAUUUCAGUCUUUUUCUAUAAAACCCAUAUCAGACUACUGACUGUGAAGACCGAUUUGACUGGCGAUUACGACUAUCGAUUCUCGAAGGGCCUAUCAUAGUGAAGCGUGAUGUAUUGUAAUUGGUCCGUUAAGAAUUGGCAGUUGUAAUCGGAUCGGCCUUCACAGUCGACAGUUAGAUACGGGCUUAAAAUCGAUUGAUCAAUUGAAAAAAAUGAUCUAUUCUUUUUGGUUGCACCGCUGAACUGGUACAAUAAAUUAGUGUGACAUAUUUUUGUUUCGCUCUAACUUAUUGCGGUUCAGCAGUAUAGCUAAGAAGAACAGACCAAAAAAGACAAAGCUGAAAUUUGUUGGAAUCUAAUCUCCAAUCCCUAGUCUGAUACGGGCUUAACGUAUAGGUCUAUAUUAUUUCGCUCAUUUUAUCGAAAAAUUAGUUCAGAAUAUGGACCGUAACAUCAUUUCAGAUCAUUUUUAGAU